UUUAAUUGAAAAAAAUAUUUUAUAAAUUUUUAAAAAAGGCAAACAAUAGUUUUGUGUGUGUAUUGCAUUUGCAUUACAUUCGACAUUGCCAAUUAUUACUGCGUUGAUUUGGAUGUAUGUAUCAGUUAUCAGUAUGUACAUAUACACACGACACACAUGCAAUAGUAUGUUAUGUCGCCAUAGUAGCGCAUCUGUCAUUUCAAUAAUUACAUAUUACAAGCAAGCCAGAGAGAAAUUUAAUCCUCUUAGCGAAAAGCGGAUGUUAAAUUUGUCGUACUCGUUCUACCUUCGAUGGUAACGGUCGUAUAUCGAAAUAAACUGAUUGGCUUCGUUCGACAUUAAAUUUUAUCGAAAUAUGCGAGGUUAGAAUAGCAGUGUACAGAAAUAAAGACAGCUUUUUAUAUUUCUCUGUGAGUGCUGAUUUUGCGAUGCAAAGAAUUAAGCUUCAACUUCCGUUUUGCUAACGUGAUGGAGCUGAAAGUGUGGGUGGAGGGAAUACAACGUAUUGUAUGCGGUGUUACUGAGAGUACUACUUGUCAAGAUGUGGUGUAUGCGCUUGCUCAUGCUACAGCUCAAACAGGUAGAUUCACUUUGGUAGAGCGUUGGCGAACUAAUGAACGUUUGUUGGCUCCUUAUGAAAAUCCUCUUAAGAUUUUGAUGAAAUGGGGUGAAUAUUCCUCGGAAGUUCAACUAAUUUUGAGACGUUCCACAUCAGAAAAUAACAAAACGAGUGCAUUACCAUCUCGAUUAACAUAUGCAUCACGUGCAAACGGAUUACCAAUUUCGUUACCUGAACAUGGAACAGGCACUACUACUGUGCAAGAUGAUACCAAAAAUAUAUUAACCACACAAAGUUCAGAUUUUGAUGAUAUGCAAGGAGGAUUGGAAAGGAACCGAGAUACUAGAAAAUCACUUACAUUUAGUGGGUUUCAUGGAGAUAUUACAGAAGGCAAUACAGAGAUUCAAAUGGAAAAUAAUGUGGCUGUAGUUCAACCUACACCACAUUUAAAAAGCAAGGAUUUGAAUGUUCGAAAAAAUAUACAAAAACCUCAAUCACCUACACGAGGAACUAAUACUGAAAUCACAACACAAAAAAAGAUACGCGAGGUUCCCCCUUACAGAGAGCCUCCAGGUCCAGCUUCGCCGCCAUUACGAACUUUACCACCUUAUCGCGAUCCACCACCACCGAAUUUAAACAGUCCUGGAAGAUCGCAAUUUGUGCAUAGUGGAAGUUCUCAUGUGCACAAAGACGAUCAGCCAUCCUCUAGUAAUUCCAUAAAAUUAAAAAGAAAUCUUAUUCAGGAAUUCCAAGAUACAAAAGUACCCACACAAUCUGUUAAUCCACUCCCUGCGACAGCACAAAAUAUAGCAACUGUUGCUUAUACUCAACGAUAUGUUGAACUCUUAAGACUAGUCAAUAAGCAGCGAGACACUAUUAACGCUCAACAAGCUGAUCUCACAAAAUUUGAUGCAGAGAUAUUAUAUUGGGAAACAAAGAACAGGGAACAAAUGCAUCAAAUGGAUUAUAUUUCCCAAGAAAUGACUCGCAUUGAAUCCACUGGUCGUAUUAUCGAAGAACAGCUUAAAGAACUAACUCAUGUAGAAGAAGAAAGCGAAAUAGUUAGACAGCAAGAAAAAACAUUGAAAUCGGAAAUAACAUUGCUUAGAUCAAAACUCGCCAAUUGCGAAACAGAAUUGCUUCAAUGUAAAAAUAAAAUUAGGCUAGUUAUGGAAGAACUUGCAAUGGAGCAACAUAAUAUAAAUCGUGAAACAGAUGAGCGGCAAAUUAUGGAACGGAAAAUAAUUAGCGAAGUGGAACAUUUACAAAAUGAAGUAGAACAGGCUAAACGUGCAACUGAGUUAGCCUCACAACAUGCAGAUUCUUUAAAAAUAGAAGUAGUUAACUUGGAGGCAGCCAUUGUUGAAAAAAAAUUGCAAGUAGAGAGAUUGGUAGCUGACAUGAAAGAGGCGAAUUUGCAAAGUUUAGCUGUUGCAUGUUCAGAUGAACAAGUCAAACCGUUAUUGGAAGGUUCCCAUAAGCCUGGAAGUACCCGUAAAAUGAUAGGAUCACCAAGACAAUUGGAAACCGCAGUGCCCACAAGCAAAAACCCACACGGUGUGUGGGUGUAAAUAAAGAAAAUAGUAUACCUGACAAUGUGUUGUCUUAUGUGAGACGUAUAUCAAAGAAUAUAUAUAUCAAAAUAUUUCUAUAUUAAUAUUGUUUCAGUAAGUACUUAAAGUAAUGUCUUUAUAUUUUCAUGCAUUUAUUGCAAUAAGAUUAAUUAAUAUUAUGAUUAUAUAUGUAUUAUUAUGUGUCAUUAAUAAGUUCUUAUUUUGUACUUGUACCAUAAUAUAUGUGUAUUGUCUCAAUUAUUCACAAGAUAUUUGUGAGAUUGUUAAUCAAAUAGUUACAUAAACCACUCAUAUAUUUUUGAGAACACAGUAUAUUCUACAUGCCAUCAUAUAUAUUUGCUUGAUAAAUUAUUAGAGAAAAGAAAUUUUUAUUUCGAAUAUUAUAUGCAUUUAACAAAUUUUGUCUUUUAAUGAUAAAGAAAAUGUUCUAAAUGUUUAGACAAUAAUUCCAAUUUAUGUAUGUAGGAAACUAAUAUUUCAAAUAUUGAAAUUACGAGAUAUAUUAAAAUUACGAAAUAUAUUAUAUUACAAUUAUAUUUGUUAAACAAAUAACUAUUUUAAAAUCUCUAUAAUAUUAAAUAUUUUGCCAUAAUAGAUUUAAUUAUGGUUUUGUACUAUAAGAUUAAUUAUAUUAAACAGCAAUAUAUUUAAUAAUGACGCGUCGAUCUAUGUUCAAUAGUUAAUUAUUCCAUGAGAUAUUUUUAAUAAUUUUUAUAUAUUGUCGAUGUUAUAGUAAAACAGCAAAAUUUCAAAAUCAGGGUAUCUCCAAAUUUAAUUUUUGAAAAUUUUUGAACUUUACUUGAUUAUGUCAUAGCUGAGAAAAAGAUUGUUUUAAAUUUAAAAAAAAGAAUAUUGUUUAUCUCAGAUCUUUAAAACUUAAGAUAAAAACAUGAAACAAAAUACGAAUAUAUAUGUAUAUAUAAUUACAAAAAUAAAUUUGGAUGAAAAACUCGGUAAUUUUGCAGUUUUAUGGUUUUACUGUAGCGUCAAUGACAUAUGUCACAAGUAUAUAAUAUUUUAUACAUAAAUCUCAAGUAUGUGUAUGUUUACGAUAUUUUUAUUAAGGACACAUUUAUUGUAUAGUUUUAUCAUAAAAGAUAAAAUGUACAAUUUGUAUUUUAAAUAUAUCAAUAUAUUAUAAAUAAUUAUAAUAUCUUAAACAUGAAUGAUUACAUGAACGAUUUAUGUAAUAUUUAUAUUAGUUAAGUAUAUUAGACAAAUGUCUAAAAAAAGGAUGACAUUGAAAAAAAAAAAUAAAUGACAUGUUAUACAAUAUUAAAUUAAGAAAAAUAUAGCUUUGGACUUUUAAAUCGACAGUAAUGCAGUGCUUUCCAAUAUUCCUGGAAUCAUUGGAUCUAUUAAUUAGGUAAUUAUAAUAAUUGGACAUGUAGGUAACGUUCCCGCCAAUUCCAUUUUUCCCAUGUUAUUUAAAGUUUAUUUGGUUAUGUCAAAAUCUAGCAUAUUAUAGAAUAGUAGAGACAAAGUUAAAUAAUAUAUUACAAAUAUUAGCUCUGUAUUUAAGUAGAGGAGAGCGACAGGCCCGGUACCGGUACAAUAUAGUUUUGGAGUAAGAUUUCGAUACUACAUAAAAGGUAUUCAAAUUACGAAAAAAUGAGUUUAUGGGUUGACAAGUAUCGUCCAACGACACUUGCAAAGCUAGAUUAUCAUCUCGAACAAGCGGAGGACUUAAAAAAUAUGGUA